CUCCCUCCCGCCGCCCCUCGGAGGAGGCAAGAGGGCAGGCCCCGAAAGCAGGGCCGCCCUCGCCUUCCUUUCGCACUUCUCGCCUCACCAGGGAAGUCCGAAGGCGCUUCGGGACCAUGAAGGUGGCCGUGCUCGACCUGGGCUCCGUCUUGGCCAAGCUCUUCAAGCCCUCUUCCUCCAGCCCUCCUCCGCCGCCGCCGCCAGCCAUGGCUCCUUCGGCGGGUCGGGCGCCCCGCUUGCCCUCCAGGGAGCCCGCCGGGUGGGCCGCCCCGCCGGGAAAGCCGCCGCCGCCCUUCCUGACGCUGCCCGACAUCGGCGAGGAAGGCGCCCCCGAGGAGGAAGGCCCCGCGCCCAGAAAAGGCUUGGCUAAAGUAUCCUCAGAGCGGUGCUUGCAAGAGAGCGAUGAAGAUGGCCUUCCAGCACCAUUUACCAAAAGUGUACAGGAAGCCAUUGACAACUAUACUUUUGCUUCUGUUUCAUCACUUUUGUCCAGUGGGCAAACAACACCUACAGACUUGAACAAUUCUUGGUCAGGGAUCCGGAGUUGUACCACUGGCCCAUCUACAGAAAGAAGUUCUGUUUACUCCUGGAGAGAUGAUGAAUUUGAUAAAGCAAAUACCCAAAGAGUUCAUCAGUUGUUUUGCAAUGUGGAUGAAAUGCUGUUUGAAGGGAAAGUGAGUUCAGAAACUGAGAAUCUAAAGGCAGAAUGCAAAGACUGGACCAACAGAUCACUUCACUUAAGAAUCUUGGGAAAGCAGCUUCUUUUCCCCAAAGAUGAGGGCUUCCAGCAUUAUCAGAGCAGAAAUCCCAACUCUCUGUACUCCAGAUCCUUACCCAGCCUGAGUGAAAUCAGCAGUAUGAAAGAGUUAUGCAUCUCAGGAUCUAAACUGGUUCCUGCAACUUUUCCAGUGCACAAGGCCUUCAGCUCUGAAUUACCAGGGAUUUGUUCAUCUGAGGCAUCUGCUUAUUCAUUUUUGGAAGAAGAAAUAUAUGAUGCAGAAGGGAAAAUUGAAGAGUAUCUUGCCUUUGACAACAAGGAACUGGGUGAUGAGAGUUUGGAGCAAAAGAAUUCUCAGCUUGCUCAGAGGAGAAUUAAACAUGGCAUUCCUCCUGUGUCCCCCAAUGCCUGUAUCAAAGACGCUGUGGACGCUGAACUCUUUGAUCGUGUAUGGAGCAAUGUAAUCCAAGUACUGGAAGAAUUAAUAAGAAAAUACUGGGAAUCCUCUCUCACAGAGCAUGGCAAGCAAUUAGAGAAACGGAAGGUUAUUGGAAAUAAGUUGCCACAUCUAUCAGUUUCCCGUGUUGCAGUGGAUACAUCAAGUGUACCUCCAUCAAGAGGAUCAGAAACUCGAAGCUUAUCUUUUGGCCUUCAUUUUGCUCCAGCCCAGAUACACCGUUUCCCCAGCAAUUCACACAGUGAUUUAAAUGGUGUUAUGACCAUUCAAGCUAAACCGCUACAGCAGAGACAUUCAGGAUUAGCAGAAAAGAUGCAGAAUGAACAGGAAGACAAACCACAGCGUAUAGGUUCCAGUGUUCUUUCUGCACGAAAUCGACUGGGACGAAUUAAUGACAACAGCGUUCUUUCAGUGUCUCGAAUGUUGCCUGGAUCCUCUAGAAAAACAGCAGGCCAUCGUAGGCUGCCAUCAAUAGCAGCAGAUCCGCUACGUUCAAAAACCAUCAGUGUUUAUAACGAUGAAAUUCUAAGGGGGACAAAAUUGAGCACUGCCCUAGAUCGCUUGUCUUCUCCACUUCCACCUACAACACGGAACAAGUUGCCACCAAUAAAUGCAGAUGCAAUUGAUCCAUACCUUUCAGUCCCUGGAACCCGGCUAGGCUUUCAUAAAGGAAGAUUUCCUCAUAGCAGAAUAUCAAGUGCUGUACCUGAUACCAUGGAACAGCGGCCACUUAGAGAGCGUACUGUCAUCAUAGAUCAGUUUUCAAGACCAAAUACUACACAUACUUUCCGGUCAGAUACCCCGCAUAAAAGAUCAUUGACGUCUAUGGAUUUUGCUAACCACUUGUGGACUGGUCAAGGGGUGUUGGCAGGUUCACAAUUCCAUGCCAGGUCAUUCCAGAGAAACCCAUCUGUCUCUAGGAGGAGAUUUCAAGUUUCCUCAUAACAUUUACCAGAAGACAAAAGGACUGGUUUAUAUGUGACAGGAAUUUUAACAUCAGGGGGAAUGAAGUACCAGUAUUAAAAUGUGUGGCUUAAGCAUUCUGUA